GGCUUGUUACAUGACAACUUCUCCCAAGAUGUUUUAUGGAUCUCCUUCUACCAUGUCCCCACCUAGCAAGAGCAAACUAAAGCGUCAGAGUCGCCUGCUGUCCCACAUGCUGUCCCGAACGCUGAGCCACAAGGACCGAGGCUCUGAUUCAGCUUUUCCCAGCUUGGGUGCCAGUGAUGACCCUGCAGAGCUUUCCACACAACUUUCUGCCCCAGGUGUCCUAAAGGUGUUUGGGGACAAUGUCUGUACAGGUGCCCACUACAAGAGUGUCCUGGCCACAGCUAGCUCUAGUGCCCAGGAGCUGGUAAAGGAGGCUCUGGAGCGUUAUGCUUUGAAUGCAGUGUCAGCCAGCCAAUAUGUGUUAUGUGAUGUGGUAGGGCGAUUUGGGGACUUAGGACAGCAGUGGCAGGCAGAAUGCCUUCGGGUCCUACGGGAUAAUGAGAAGCCCCUUUUGAUCCAGGACCUGUGGAAGCCCCGAGAAGGCUUCUCUCGGAGGUUUGAGUUGAGAAAAAGAUCAGAGGUGGAAGAAUUGGCUGCCAGGGAUGUGGACACCGUCACAGCAGGGAUCAAUGCUCAGGCAAGGAAACUCCAGAAGAAUCGUGCAAAGGGUGCUACAAUACUGCCUGCAGGAUGUAAACGACAUGCCACCCCACCCACCCUUCGGCGCACAGUUAGUGAAACCAGCUUGAGCCAUCCUAGUACACAAGAAGAGAAGCCGAAGGGGCAUUAUUCCACUUUGUUAGACCCCAGCCGAAGCCCAGAGGACCCAGGCACGGCGCUUCAGGACACUCUGUUGGAGACAAAUAGCAGUAGCAAUAUGCGAUACUCACUUUACCAAUCGCCACAUCUUCUCCUUCUGCAGGGCUAUAGUCAGCAGCAUGAUAGCUUAGUUUAUGUGCUGAACCGUGAACAGCACACAGUGGGCCAGAGGACCCCCUCUAGCAAGCCUAGCAUCAGCCUUUCAGCCCCAGACAUUCUGCCCCUCCACUGUACCAUACGUCGGCUCCACCUCUCCAGCCAUUCAAGACAUUCCCAAGCAGAAGAGAAGCUUAUCCUUGAGCCAAUACCUGGAGCUAGUAUAUCUAUCAACUUCUCAGAGGUGGGAAAGACUGUGGUGCUCCACCAUGGAGACCUGCUCUCACUGGGGCUUUACUACCUGCUGCUUUAUAAAGAUCCUGCGAGAGCCCAAGCCCUCCCUGCCCAGACCCUGGCACGGCUCAAAACUGUCCCCCGAACGUCAGACCCUGCCACCUGUAGAAUGUGUGGAACAGUGCUCGGGGGCAGAGCACCUUCCUCAUCCAAGAGGCGUGGAGCUCUGCCUAGUCAGAAGACCCCUCGACGAAGGCUUCAUCUGGAGUUUGAGCCAGCAGUAGAGGAUGUGCUAGUGAAGAGGAUCAUGACGUUGAUUGAGCCAGGGGGUGAUGACCAUAAGCUGACUCCUGCUUUCCUACUCUGCCUCUGCAUCCAACACUCCGCCACCAACUUUGAGCCAGGCGAAUUUGGGCAGCUGUUGCUUAAACUGGCCAAACUGAUACAGAGAACAGUCUGGGAAAAAACCAAAGAACUAGCCGAGAAACAGUCUCAGCACCAGGAUCCUGUCUCCCUUUCCCGUCUCACCAUUGCUGACCUACUGCCAGAUCUCCAGCAUAUUCUUUUCUGGAUGUCUAACUCCAUUGAGCUCCUUUACUUUGUCCAGCAGAAAUCUCCACUUUACAUCCAGAGCAUGGAAGAGGAGCUAGAUGUCAGAGGUUCUAAGGAGUCACUGUUUUCUUCAACCAUCACAGCCAGUGAGGAAGCCAUGACAGUUUUAGAGGAGGUGAUCAUGUAUACAUUCCAGCAGUGUGUGUAUUACAUCUCUAAGUCUCUGUACGUCUCUCUGCCCAUUCUACUGGAGUGUAUCCCUUUCCAGAAUGAGAACCGAGAAAGUUGGUGUUCAGCCCCACAACUGCCUGAGGAGCUCCGACGUAUUGUGUCCAUCUAUCAGGCCACCUUGGACCUCCUCCGGCAGUAUGAGGUUCACCCAGAGAUUGCCUCCCAGAUGUUUGCCUACCUCUUUUUCUUCUCCAACACGCUACUCUUCAACCAGCUCCUGGACAAAGGGCCUACACUGAGCUGCUUCCACUGGCCAAAAGGGGUACAAGUUUGUGCUCACUUACAGCAGCUCUUGGAAUGGGCACAAAGUAUGGGCUUUGGGCCACUGGCAGAGCAGUUCUUCAAGAAGCUUUCCUGCACAGUAAACCUGUUGGCUACUCCCAGUGCCCAGCUGAUACAGAUGAACUGGUCAUCCCUGAGGACUCAGUUUCCGGAACUGAGCCCUGCCCAGCUGCAUCGGUUGUUGACUCAGUACCAACUUGCAUCUGACAUUGGUUCUGUGACUGCUUGGGAGCCUCUAGAUGAAGACAGGCCCAAAGCCUUUAGAACAGAGGAUGUCCUGGAGUCUUAUGAUAAUCAUCCACCUAUCAUUCUGCCAAGUGGAGGGUUCAAGGUAGACUUGGAAGUGGAAUGCCUGGAUGAUAAUAUUUACCGGCACCUUCUUUACAUCCGCCACUUCUUAUGGAGCCUACAGAGUAAAUCCUGUCAUGCUACAGGUCCUGAACCAGAAAAUCUGAAGGGUUUGCAUCAUACUAUUCCUGAAGGGCACUCAGAGAGUCGGAGUAGUCUAGUGACUUCCAGGGAUGAUGGGGACCAACUGGAUUCAAAGCAUUCAGUGGGCAGGGCAAUUGGAGAGGCAGCCAAAACCCUAUCUGUCCCUGCCAGUGGGGCUUCCCGAGCUCAGUCCCCUGGUAGAACCCUGGAGAAGCUAAAGCCACAGAACAGCAUGGGCAGGAAUGGCCCUAAGAUGAACACACCUCAAGGGGAUUCUUCCUGUCUGUUGACCCCUCCCAACACACCACUCAACUUCGAACCCAAAAGUCAGGAUUCUCCCCAGCCCAGUGGCAGCUGUGAAAAACCCCUUCAUGAGCUGAAGAGGAAUGGCCUUAAUGCUCAGAGCACUGCACAGGAAGGAGAUUCUCCCACCCCCUUUGAUUAUCCUACCCCUGCCUCUUCCAGUCGCAGUUCAGCCACUGAUGACUUCUGUUACGCCUUUGUGGUGGAGUUGGAAAAAGGACCCCUUGGGCUGGGGAUGGGCCUGAUAGAUGGACUGCACACUCCUCUGAAUGCUCCUGGUAUCUACAUCCGGACCUUGAUCCCGGACAGCCCAGCAGCCUCCGAUGGCAGACUUUCCUUAGGAGAUCGGAUUCUUGCAGUGAAUGGCACCAGUUUGAUUGGCACAGAUUAUCAGAGGGCUGUGGACUUGAUCCGAUCUGGGAGAAAGAAGCUACGGUUUCUGGUUGCCAAAUCAGACAUAGAAGUAACUAAGAAAAUCAGCUCCAGCGCCUCUCCUUCCUAGGGCUUUUGUUCCAGGACUGCUGUACAUAUCUGAUUGUAUCAAGGCUUUGUCAGGCUUUGCUUGAUAAUGUUCUUAGAAGGUGAGAAUCCAGCAGGUCAUGACAGUCUCCUGAUUCUGCUUUUCAUGCUGCAAGUGCUUGCUCAGUGUUACAUCCUGUAUUUUAUGCAGAAGAAAUUAUAGUAUAAAAAAGAGCAACAGGGUUUAUAAAGUGGGUGGGUGCUGCUGGCUUCCAGUAUGGGGACAAUCAGAUGUGACUCAUCUCAGAAUUGUAGCAUGAUCGACUCUUACUUUUCUGCCUCCUUCCAAAAUGUUUGGUCCAGUGCAAAAUGCAGACUGGUAGGGUUUUUAGGUGCCCUUUACUACAGUGACUGUUUGCUGUAUGUAAACUUUGUACAGGCAACAAAAUUCUCGGUCAGCUUUCAGUUCUUGUUCUGUACAUAGUACAUACAUGUGAAAAUACUAAACUCAGUAGUCUACUAGAUAAUCUUUUCCAUGUUCCUCAACUCAAAAACUGUUAUUAUUCUGUAGCUGGGCCCUGAGAACUUAGGGCUUGAGAAAAGGAAGAAAAAUUCUUGGCCAGAGUGGCAUGCAUACUUGAUUCUUUCAUACUGAAAUUUUGACUGUCAGCCAAAGAUUUAUGAAAAUAAGUAAGCAUUCUACUAAAGGAAGAAUAGAAAGGUACCAGCCUCUAUCUUAUAUAUACUACGGUCACAUGUCAUCAGUUGAAAUUGUCUGCAAAAGCCUCGCUACUUCCUAUAUCAUUCAUUUUCUACAAAGAAAAAAAGUUGUGAUUAAAUAUUAACUUGGCUACUUUAUGAUAAGGGUUCCUAACAGAUUUCUUCCUGGAUCUCUUGUUAAUAAGCUGGAUGCCUAAGCUGGUUCUCUCACCAAGCCAGAUGAGCCUUCAGCAUAUCUGGAAUACUUUAGCUGAGAUGGUUUGGUAUCAGAAACUAGUCCCUGUGCAUUUUUCUUAUGUUGUCCCUUAGGUGUUACCCCAAGUGCCUUCUUAAGACAGUGGGUAGUGCCAAACUCAGCCUGGCCCAAAACUAAAUAUUCCCCUUUUAGGAAUCUAUUCAUACUUUUUUUUUUGAAUGCUGACACAAGUGUUCUGCUUCUCCAGAACUUUUUAGUCAAAGGUAACAGUCAAGACUAAUGGAGUGGUAUUUAAGUUUCCAGGUGGCUUAUAGACCAACCAUAACAAAGUAACUCGGUUUGGAUUGUGAGUGAAGCUGAUUAAAGUUAAAACUGUGCAGAAUGGUUCUUUUGGGCAAGAGAAAUAAACUGAUGUAGGGUUUUACAAAGCUUAUCCGAGCUGAGACUAGUAAUGAU